AUGGAAGGAUUCAGUUGGGAGAAUUACAACUUGGAUGAAAUCUUAGAAGAAUUAUAUAAUUACAGUUAUGGCACUGGCCUGCCCUCUAUCCUACCAGAUUCUGCCCCGUGCCAGCCAGAAUCCCUGGAAAUCAACAAUUAUGUUGUGGUCGUCAUCUACAUUCUGGUGUUCCUGCUGAGCUUGCUGGGAAACUCCCUGGUGAUGCUGGUUGUCUUGUACAGUCGGAGCACCUGCUCUGUCACCGAUGUCUACCUGCUGAACCUGGCCAUGGCCGAUCUGCUCUUUGCCCUGACCUUGCCUAUCUGGGCAGCCUCCAAAGUGAAGGGCUGGGUUUUUGGCACAGGCCUGUGCAAGGUGGUCUCAUUCCUGAAGGAAGUCAACUUCUACAGUGGUAUCCUGCUCCUGGCCUGCAUCAGCUUGGACCGCUACCUGGCCAUCGUCCAUGCCACACGCACACUGAUCCAGAAACGGCACUUGGUCAAGUUUGUAUGCUUAAGCAUGUGGAUAAUGUCUAUGAUUCUGUCCCUGCCCAUUUUAAUUUUCCGUAAGGCUGUCUACCCACCCAAUUCCAGCCCCGUGUGCUACGAAGACAUGGGUAACAAUACAACAACGUGGCGGAUGUGGUUGCGGAUCCUGCCCCAGACCUUUGGCUUUGCCAUACCGCUGCUCAUCAUGCUGUUGUGCUAUGGCUUCACCCUGCGCACCCUGUUUAAGGCCCACAUGGGGCAGAAGCACCGGGCCAUGAGGGUCAUCUUUGCUGUUGUGCUGGUCUUCCUGCUCUGCUGGCUGCCUUACAACCUGGUCUUGGUCGCAGACACCCUCAUGAGGACCCACUCAAUUGCGGAGACCUGUGAGCGCCGCAGUGACAUUGACCGGGCCCUGGAUGCCACAGAGAUUUUGGGUUUCCUCCACAGCUGCCUCAACCCCCUCAUCUAUGCCUUCAUUGGCCAAAAGUUUCGCCACGGACUCCUUAGGAUCAUGGCUACCCAUGGCCUGGUCAGCAAGAAGUACUUGGCCAAGGAAGGCAAACCUUCCUUCAUUGGCUCUUCUUCAGGGAACACUUCCACCACCCUCUAA